AUGACGCUAGCUGGGCUCAUCACUCGACUUUCUGACACUGGACUUCACCUACUCGCUGGUUGCUUAGCCCCGCUUGGCUCCCGUCGUAUUACAGCCAGGCAAGCACUAAAGGCUACUUUCUUUUCUCCGUCAGAAAAAUUAGAACUAAAACCAGAUAAAUUGAAGACCAUUUUGCCAAAAGUCCUCAUACAAGAUUCUUUGACCAAUGAUGAAACAAAAGCAAUGACCUCUCCGCUCAACAAAGUAGGUAAUGAUCAGCUCACUAUGCAGAAAGUUGGCGACGCCCGAUACUUGGCACUGCCUGACAAUAAUCACGCCCAAUUGGCACGUCGAAAACGGCUUUGCUUGGAAUCAAUCUCGCAAACUGAAUUGGAGAGAAGGGAUAAAAGAGUGCCGGCACUGCUAUCCACGUCCCUUUGUAGGUAUUGUCCUAGUGGCCGAAAUGAAAUUAGUAGAUUAAACAAAGGAAGAUCUGCAAGUAUGGAGGAAAGAUUCCCAGAUACUUCGAUUUACUCCAUUAACCAAACCAGUGAAUGUCUUGCCUGCAUUGAACUGGACAGCAAACUGCCGCAAAAACGAAAUUUCGAAGAGGGAUCAACUAUAAAAUCUUUCCGACAAUCCUCUUUCACCUCAUCAUUACCAAUGUUGAACACAAGUGUCGAAAGGUCUGGUACUGCUGCGUUACGACAUGAAUCUGAGUUUAAUGUUAGUAAUGUUAACGUCACACCAAGAACAUAUUCUAACAUCAGAAAAACUAUAUCCAUGCAGGAAAUUCCAGCAGGUCCAAGCUGCAAGAAAGUCAAAAUAGAAGCAGAGAUCUCAAAAGGUCACUUAGAUAAACAGCCAACUAUUUGCAGCCUGCUAAGCUGGUUUCUCGGCACUCAGAAUCAACGUAGGGAAGGAGAGAUACGCAGGAUAUGUAAACGUAAAUUUAGAUUGGAUAGAAUUGGAAGGGGCUAUCGUUCAAUGGCAAAGCUACUAGUGUCACCUCUCAGGACCUCCUCUGAAGCGAAGGUGCGACGGUGCAGCAAGAUCAGGAAUGCCCGAGAAAUUUCAGGUUGA